UAUCGGACCAAUAAAUUGAUGUAAACAAUUAUGCAGUUCUCGAACUUUGAUCUAACUUAUUGUAAACAAACGGAACGAAGCGUAUCAAGCAUUUGGGAAUUUGUGGGCUCAAGAUUAUGCCUGUUUAUUAUUUAUAUGCAUCUUAUAUAACACCCCCGGAACUCCCUGAUGACAGACCUCAAAUAUUUGGGCGUGUUUUUCAUAAGCUUUCUUAUUAAACAAUGUAGCCAGCAACUCGAUCUUUCUUACCAUUCAGGGGGUUAAUUCCCGAAAUAAGAGAGUAGAAUACUUGAAAGUGGGCAUGAUUUUCUGACCCUUCGGAGAACUGUAUUACUAAAUACUGAUAGAAGAGUCGUUCCAGGUUCAUUCUUGGGUGAAAAAGUCUUUCCGUCGUCCAUUAGUCUCAACUCAACUAUAAAGAGCCAAAAUUGGAUGCAUUUACAAUUUUGUUCGACAAAUCUUUGUCCAUAGCUGUUUAUUUAGGAUUAUUCGCCCUAGAAGAGAAACAUGCCCACUCCCUUUCUCAGCGAUUCUGCUUCCUCGUUUUCAAGAAUAUGGGUCCUGCAAUGUGACAUACUCCAAGGGCCAACAGUAUGAAAUACUGAUCAAGUCUUGGAAGAAUUCAGGCUCCUCGGAAUUUAGGUUCUAUAUCCGCUACUACUAGAAAUAUCAUCGCUCAUCAACUUUGAAACUACCUGUAGUACCUCACAAUAAACUGAAGAUCCCUCCUCGAUUGCAGAUUUGAUUAUUUACUCAUUUUAGUUGACACAUUGAUUUGAUCUUAUGAGGUGACACAAAAUAUCCAGUAUCCACUAAGCCAACGUCCUGCCGAAAAUCCAUAAACAGGCAACUACUCACGGACUUAUUGCAAAAAUAUUUGGAAAAAAUAAAAAAUGUUGACAUAAUAUGUGGCGUUCCAUACACUGCCUUACCAAUUGCCACAGUUCUUUCCUUGAAAACAAACAUUCCCAUGGUAAUGCGAAGAAAAGAGGCAAAAGAUUAUGGUACCAAAAAGAUGAUUGAAGGCGUUUUCAAAAAAGGUGAUAACUGCCUUAUUAUAGAGGAUGUUGUCACUUCUGGCAGCAGCAUAUUGGAGACUGUAGAAGAUUUAACAGCCGAAGGCAUAAAAUGCUCGGAUGUUGUAGUGUUUUUAAAUAGAGAACAAGGAGGUGCAGAAUAUUUGAAGCAUAAUGGUGUCAAUAUGCAUUCAUUGCUAAACUUGACUGAUUUAAUGAGGUAUCUCAAGGAAGAAGGUUGUAUUGAUGAGAAGACUGUAAAUAAAGUCAGUGAUUAUUUACAUACAACACAAGUCGAUCACGAGGCUUUGUCAAAAUCACUUUCCAAAGAUAGACUGUACCUUUCUUUCGCUGAACGUGCGAAAAUUGCCAAAAAUCCAAUUGCCGCGAAGCUUUUCCAAAUAAUGGCUACAAAACAGACGACGCUAUGUCUGGCUGCAGACCUGACAGACUCCACAGCACUCCUUAAUCUAGCAGAACAGGCUGGUCCGCAUAUAUGUGCUCUAAAAACGCAUAUAGACAUUGUGGACGACUUUCAUCCAAAUCUGAUCAAACCAUUGCGAGAAAUUGCCAACAGGCACAAUUUUAUUCUGUUCGAGGAUAGGAAGUUCUGUGAUAUUGGAAAAACAAUAGAGCUGCAAUACAGCAAAGGCAUUUAUAAAAUAUCAACGUGGGCGCAAUUGGUGACAGCACAUGCACUCUUAGGUAAAGGUGUUCUCGAGGUAAUAAAGAAAUCAGAAGGAUUAGAGAAAAGAGGUGUAUUUUUACUUGCUGAAGCCAGUUGUUCGGGGACGCUAAUAGAUGCAAAAUAUGCUAAGAGUACCAUGAAGAUGGCUGAGGAAUAUCCGGAAUUAGUUGCAGGAAUCGUGUGUCAAUCACCCAUGUUUCUGAACCAACCUGGCCUUAUUCAACUGACACCGGGCGUGCAAAUAGACAAUAAAUCUGAUGAUGUAGACCAACAAUACAACAGUCCAGAAAUAGUUGUGACCGAAAAAGGGUGUGAUAUCGCAGUUGUUGGUAGAGGUAUCACCAAAGCUGCUGAUGCCGCUCUUGCUGCUGAAAAGUACAGAAAGAUUCUGUGGGAUGCUUAUCUACAGAGAAUCAAGAAGAACCACAAGUGACCUUUUAUGUCAUAUUAAAUAUUACGAAAAGAUUGUGUAAUAUUUUUAUAUUCUGUUAUGAUUAAAUAUAUUGUACCUGUUGAAAUAUGAAAAAUAUAUUCUUGUACCAACUGAA